GACAUGUUUACGCAAUGACAUCAUUGAUAAAUGUAAUUCGACGCAAUUCUAUCUUUGUUUGCUCUUGUCGAAAAGAUUCGAAAAGAUUUUACGUAGUGGAUUUACGCAGAUUUACGUAGGAUACUGAACGUAAAUACAUAAGAUAUUAAGAAGUUCUUGGAAGUGAACAUCUCAUCGUAUUUCUCGUCUUCAAGAUGGAUCGAAGGGACCGUGAACAAAUAAGUCGCUGCUGCGAAGGCAUCGCGUCUAAAGUUGAUAUGGCAAAGCUCUUGCCAAAAUUAUUAGAAAACAAAGUGUACAACAGAGAUGACGUAAACAUUCCACGGUGGAUGAAAAACAUCGAGGCGCAAGAUACCGUUAAAGACAUAUUAUUAACAGUAAGAACACGAGGACCAAAUGCCUUCAAAAAUUUAAUUAUUAGCCUAAAACAGUCGGAUCACGAAAACAUAGCUAAUUUAUUGGAAGGAAGAAAUAAUACAAAUAAUAAUACAAGGCAAAAAGAUCCUCCACUAGAUCAUCAUAUUUGGUCUGAUGAACCUUUAACGAUCAAAGUGCGCAAAGCUACAAAAUUCUUAGAUUGUGAAUAUGAUAAGAUUGAGCGAUAUCCCAUGCGAAGUAAACCUCGUGGAUUGGUUUUGAUAAUCACGAAUAUUUAUUAUGAAUUAUCGUAUGAGAAACCCAGAUUUUCGGCAGAAAAUGACAAAAUCAAUUUGAAGAAAUUGUUUGAAGAAAUGGGUUUUAUAGUUGUUACCUAUGGAAAUCUAACAGGACAGGCAAUGAAAGAUACAAUUAAAGAAUUUUCAAAAAGAGACGAUUUGAGAAAAGUCGAUUCGUGCUUUGUAAUUAUUACAAGUCACGGUACAGGAGACGAAGAAAACAAUACAGAGAUCCAGGGUACUGAUUAUCAUAAUGCAAGCAGGCAAGGAAACUAUGAGAAAGUCCUAUGCUCAGAAGUCUGCGAUUACUUCACCGCAGAAGCUUGCCCACAACUCGCGGAAAAACCAAAGAUAUUUAUUUUUCAACUUUGUAGAGGGAAGAAAAAACAAAAAGGUGUAGCUCAUUGUAGAAUCACUACAGAUACCUGUGUAAUGAAGCCAGCAACGGAUGAACCCAAUUUAGAGAUUUCGCCUAUUCAAACAACAAGAAAUUAUUCAGAUAUUCUUGUAGUUCAAUCCACUUUGCCUGGACACGUUUCUUAUCGAGAUUCCGUAACAGGCAGCUGGUUUAUACAGAUUCUCUGUAAAGUAUUUAUGAACUAUGCUCACACACAUCACAUUCAAGAUUUAUUUAACCUGAUUGAUGCAGAAUUGAAGCAACUCAGAACAAUGCGCAACGAGUGUCAGACAUCAUCUAUGCAGUCAUUGGGAUUCAAUAAACAUUGUUAUCUCAAUCCCGGCCUUUUCAUGGAAUCGUGACUUAAAAAAGUAUGAUGCUUUAUUGCGUAAGCGGGAAUAUGAUAUUUUCGUAUUUGAUCACAAGUAUUUUGAUGCAUUUAAUUGUCAGUGCCAUUUUAUAAACAAUUUAUAGUGAAAAGCAGUAUUCUAAUUUUGUCUAUCUUAUUAAUCAGAUGAAUGUCUAAAGUGAAAUUUUUUCCUACGUUACUUCGCUACAUUUCAUUGCAUUAUCACAUGAAAUUAAAAAUUAAACGAAAGACAAUAAAUUUAACAUGUACCGUGACAUUUUUCAUUCUGCAAAUGUUAUUGAAACAAAAGUUGAAACUGAGGCAAAAUUUCACAAUAAGGACAUUCAACUGUAGAAUAUUAAAUUUUAUAUUGUGAAUGACAAACGUUAAUUACAUAAAUUUUUAUAUAAACUAUAUAGAAAUGAA